AUGUCCGCAGUGGUCACGAUCCCACAAGUCAUGGAGUUCGGUACCCAACAGUUAGCCCUCUGGCAUAAGCGUCGAAAGCAACAGGAGAAGAAGUCUCUACGAUGUGACGAGAAACUAUGCAGUUCGGGUAAACGCGUACGAGCUUCAAUCUUUAAUCCUGCUGUCAAUCUGUUGGAAAUUAAGUCGUCUAAUAUCGAGGAGGAUAAGUGGAAUUCUUCCACUGACGUGCAAAGCGAAGAUGACGAAUACGAGAGAAAAAGAAGAGCCACCCAACGUGAGCAGGAUAGACGUCGAACGGAGGCAUUAAAUAGAGCAUUCGCGCAACUACGAGCCUCCCUUCCGCAUGUUCCACACGAUACCAAGUUGACAAAACUGCGAACACUACGGAUAGCCAUUGCAUACAUUCGACAACUGCAGGCUGUGACGCAGCUACAAAGUCAGGACAAUCACUCUUCCUCCCCUCCCUCCUUUCCUCCACCCCCACUACCACCAUGGGCACCAUGA